UCAUGACCGGCGACGAUCUAUCUUACAAUUUGAUAAUUCCGUUCGUUAAGUCCUUAGGCUCAGGGGUUGCCCCCUUGUCCCUUAGCUUUGUUGGGUUAAGUGCCCGAUAAUUAGCAAUAUGGACAAAAGGAAGCUGUCAACACAGGGGGACUCCUUGUAUGAACUCCUAGGCUUACCCAAAACAGCCACCCAGGAGGAAAUCAAGAAGACAUAUAGGAGACUGGCCCUGAAGUAUCAUCCUGACAAAAAUCCAGACAAUCCAGAAGCAGCUGAAAAGUUCAAAGACAUCAACCGGGCGCACGCCACGCUCAGCGACUCGAUCAAACGCAACAUCUACGACAACUACGGCUCCCUCGGCUUGUACAUCGCCGAGCAGUUCGGCGAGGAGAACGUCAACACCUACUUCCUGGUGACGUCCGGCUGGUGCCGCGCGCUCUUCAUCUUCUGCGGCGUCAUCACCGGCUGCUACCUCUGCUGCUGCUUCUGCUGCUGCUGCAACUUCUGCUGCGGGAAGUGUCGGCCGGCCGCGCCCGACGAGUCCGGCGCCUACCACAACCUCAACCCCGACGACCCUGCAGUGGUGACCUCCCAGCCGACCUCGGCUGGGCCCGUCCGCGGCGAGGGAGACGGCGACGAGGAGUUCGACCUGGAGGCGGGCAGUCCGGAGCGCGAGGCAGCCGCCGGCGCCGGCGAGCCGGUCACCAGCCAGCCGCAGGCGUUCGCCAUGCCGCCGCCGCCGUCGGCCAACCAGAGUCAGCCGCACCAGUCGGCCAACCCUAACAACCCGUUCGCCAUGGCGGCGCCGGCGCCGGCUCCGGCGGCCGAGGCCACCACAGGCUACGGGCUGCAGUAG